AUGCCAAUAGGAGACCCGAGGGCGGGGAGGGCGUUCAUAUGGCUCGUAGCUUCCUUCAUAUUGCUAUGCUUAGCCAUUGGCGGCGGCUUCCUCGUACGGUACAUGAGCCUCCCUGAAUCCACAUCUUCGAGUUGGCUUCUCUAUGCCGGGAUGAUUUUGGUGUGCUUUCCAUGGUUCUUUUGGCUUCUCACGUGUAGUUAUCGAUGUAUUUCUCGAACAUGCGGCUUUCGAUUUGUUUGUGGAGGUGGCGACGACGCUGGUGGCACCUCCAGCCACAGAAUGGGUGGCAGGGGAGGGGGCGGAGGUGGAUUCGGCGGGAGCAUGACCGGGAAAAAUAAUGCGGCAUCUGGAUCCGUAAAGAAGAACGGUUCUAAUGUGGAUUCUCCGGGAAAUGGUGGGAGGCAGGUGCAUUUCGGAGCCGCCGUUGUAGCGAACGAAAACGAUCACAACGACCAAAAUGGCAAUUCGUUCCAUGAUGUGUCCAUUAAAUCGCACGAGAGUGAAAUGCCGCUCGCUUCAUCGAUGGCAUCUGGAGGGGGAUAA